GGACCAGACAAUAUUCGCAGCCUCUUUCGACAAUCUGCUCAGACCAACCCAGCAUACGCACAACACUUCGUUGGCGGCCAUAUUUUCGGAAUGCCCCAGGCAGCUUGCGCAUCAUUCCUGAGAGACAAUACGGGAACCUCUGCCAAACCAAGGCCAGGAACAUACAUUCAACCAAGAAACAGGAUAUGUUACCGCGAUCAUGAAAUUCUUCGAUCCAUGCUUCAAGGCCAACAACUCGAUGAUCUUACUGUGAAGUUCUCCCGACUUCUCUAUGAUCGCAUCGGCGCGCUGCCAAUUGGGCCUGAUUGGAUUCAGAUGCCAGAUCUUUUCGCCCUCAUCGCUACGCAGAUUACACCACUCAUCAUUGAGAUGCUAUGCGGUCCAACUCUCAUCAACGUUGUGAAUCCUGACUUUGUCUGUACUCUCUGGAAGUUUGACCAUUGGGUCCCUACGCUAGCGAAGAAGGCCCCGCGGUGUCUCUUUCCUGAAGGCUAUACAAUCCGGGACAAAUUAAUUGCAAGCAUCAAGCGCUGGAGACUGGCUACAUGCUCUUUAGAAGAUGGUAGCCCCUUGAAAGGGUGUGAAGGAAUGUCAUCCAAGCUUAACCUUCUCGACGUUGAUGGUUGGGAUAUGGACGCCAUCGCCGCAAGCGAUCUCGGAUUAUUGUGGGCGUACGUGAACGUCCUUUUUGAUCUUAUAAUUUGGUCUCCGUUGGUCAUAAUGACUCUCGCUUACUGCAUUCGCUCAGAAUGUGAGCAUUCCAUCAACCAGCGGGACACGGCUUCUAUUCUUGAUUUUGAGCUACCCACUCUCUUGAAAAAACCACUGCUACAGUCAACCUUUGCCGAAACUCUGAGAUAUCGUAACCAUAUUUUCAUCACACGAUAUCCAUACCCAGAAGAUAUGCGCGUUAACGGCUGGGAACUACCCGCUAAAACAGUAGUGAUGGUCUGCUCGACCGUCCAGCACAUGGAUAAGACCAUGUGGAAUACUGGACCUAGUGGGGAACAUCCAGUCGAGACCUUCUAUCCGGAGCGUUUCCUGAGAUACUCCAGUGAGAAGAACGCCAAGUUAGAGUCACGCAUAGACUCCGUUCCGGGACGACGCAGCGGAAAGCAAGACUCUCCGGACCCGGAUUUGAAAUCAAGUGCCCAGCCAAUUUUCUCUCUGAAAAACCUUGAGGGAACGUGGAUUCGCUUCGGUGGCGGAAGUCAGAUGUGCCCGGGGCAAAGGCUGGCCAAGGUCGAGAUUUUUCUAUCGAUCGCGCUUUUAGUCAUGCACUUUGAUAUUGAGUUGACUGUACCUUCAAAGGAAAUGUCCGUCGAUUGGAGCCACUUCGGGACCGGAGUGGCAAAGCCAGCAUACAAGUUGCCCUUUCAGAUCCGGAGGCGCGCUGCGUCAAACUAA